GCUGAGUGGUGCUCUGAAGAUGGAGGCUUUAACAGCCAGCCAGAUCCGUGAAAGGUUCAUCAACUUUUUCGUGGAGAACCGGCACACGUAUGUGCACUCUUCUGCCACCAUCCCUCUGGAUGACCCCACUCUGCUGUUUGCCAACGCUGGCAUGAAUCAGUUCAAACCCAUCUUCCUCAACACUAUUGACCCCUCCCACCCCAUGGCAAAGCUGACGAGAGCAGCCAACACGCAGAAGUGCAUUCGGGCUGGCGGGAAACACAAUGACCUGGAUGACGUUGGCAAGGAUGUCUACCACCACACUUUCUUUGAGAUGCUGGGCUCCUGGUCUUUUGGCGAUUACUUCAAGGAACUGGCUUGCAAAUUUGCUUUGGACCUGCUCACCAGGGAAUUCGGCAUCCCCAUCGAGAGGCUUUAUGUCACAUACUUUGGAGGACACGAGGCAGCUGGCUUGCAGCCAGAUUUGGAAUGCAAACAAAUCUGGCUAGAUCUAGGCCUGGCAGAGAGCAAGAUCCUCCCAGGCAGCAUGAAGGAUAACUUCUGGGAAAUGGGAGACACGGGGCCUUGCGGGCCUUGCAGCGAGAUCCAUUACGACCGGAUCGGGGACCGAGACGCUGCGCAUCUUGUCAAUCAGGAUGAUCCUAAUGUGCUGGAGAUCUGGAACCUGGUGUUCAUACAGUUCAACAGGGAGUCCGACGGGAUCCUGAAGCCUCUUCCCAAGAAGAGUAUUGACACUGGGAUGGGUCUGGAGAGGCUGGUGUCUGUGCUGCAGAACAAGAUGUCCAACUAUGACACGGAUCUCUUUGUGCCCUACUUUGAGGCUAUCCAGAAGGGUACAGGUUGCAGGCCGUACUCCGGGAAGGUUGGUGAGGAGGAUGCCGACGGCAUCGAUAUGGCAUAUCGCGUCCUGGCUGACCAUGCCCGGACCAUCACGAUAGCCCUUUCAGAUGGCGGCAGGCCCGAUAACACCGGCAGGGGCUACGUUCUGAGGCGCAUCCUUCGCCGUGCAGUGCGCUAUGCUCAUGAGAAGCUGAACGCCCGCAAAGGGUUCUUCGCAACCUUGGUUGACGUGGUGGUAGAGUCACUGGGCGGUGCCUUCCCUGAACUGAAGAAAGACCCUGACAUGGUGAAGGACAUUAUCAAUGAAGAGGAGGUUCAGUUUCUGAAGACUCUAAACAGAGGGCGUCGUAUCCUUGACAGGAAGAUUCAGAGCCUGGGAGACAAUAAGACCAUUCCUGGAGACACUGCCUGGCUAUUGUACGACACCUACGGUUUCCCCGUGGAUCUCACCGGGCUGAUUGCAGAGGAGAAAGGCUUGAAAGUUGACAUGGAGGGCUUUGAGGAGGAGAGGAAGGCUGCCCAGCUCAAAUCCCAGGGCAGGGGAGGUGGUGAUGAAGACCUCAUCAUGUUGGACAUCUACGCCAUUGAAGAGCUUCGGUCCAGGGGUCUGGAGGUUACGGAUGACUCUUUCAAGUACAACUACACGUCAGAUCCCAGUGGCACGUAUGAGUUUGACAGUCCUGUGGCUAUGGUGAAAGCCCUCCGCCGGGACAAGAUGUUUGUGGAAGAAGUGUCUACGGGCCAGGAAUGCGGGGUCAUCCUGGAUCAGACCUGCUUUUAUGCCGAGCAGGGAGGACAGAUCUACGACGAGGGUUAUCUGGUUAAGGAGGACGAAGGCAGUGAGGAUAAGACGGAGUUCACGGUGAAAAACGUACAAGUGCGUGGAGGCUACGUCCUCCACAUAGGCACAGUCUAUGGCAACCUCAGAGUUGGAGACACCGUUUGGCUGUAUGUGGAUGAGUCACGGCGAAGACCCGUCAUGAGCAACCACACGUCCACCCACAUUCUCAACUUUGCUUUGCGCGCUGUCCUGGGGGAGGCCGACCAGCGAGGGUCCUUGGUUGCCCCAGAUCGGCUGCGGUUUGACUUCACCGCCAAGGGAGCCAUGUCAACCAAGGAAAUCAAGAAGGCCGAAGAGAUUGCCAAUCGGAUGAUUCAGGAAGCCACGGUGGUAUAUGCCAAGGACUGCCCUCUGGCAGCAGCCAAAGCCAUCCAGGGUUUGCGAGCCGUCUUUGAUGAGACGUACCCUGACCCCGUUCGUGUCGUCUCGAUCGGCAUACCCGUGGAGGACAUGCUGGCCGACCCAUCCAGUGCUGCCGGCGCAGUCACAUCUGUUGAGUUCUGUGGUGGGACCCACUUGCAGAAUUCCAGCCACGCUGGUUCCUUUGUGAUUGUAUCGGAGGAAGCGAUUGCCAAAGGUAUCCGGAGGAUAGUGGCCGUAACUGGAGCAGAAGCCCAGAAGGCGCUGAGGAAAGCAGACAGCCUUAAGAAACUGCUCUCAGACCUGGAAGCUAAGGUGAAGGUGCAGACCGCUCCCAAUAAAGAAGUCCAGCGUGAGAUUGCGGACCUUGGUGAGACCCUGGCCAUGGCUGUCAUUCCUCAGUGGCAGAAGGAUGAGCUGAGAGAGGCCCUCAAAGCCCUGAAGAAGGUUAUGGACGAUCUGGAUCGCGCCAGCAAAGCCGACGUCCAGAAACGAGUUCUAGACAAGACGAAACAGCUCAUAGAGUCUCACCCCAACCAGCCGCUGGUCAUCCUGGAGAUGGAAAGUGGAGCUUCUGCUAAGGCGCUGAAUGAGUCCUUGAAGCUGUUUAAGGCUCACUCCCCCGAGACAGCCACCAUGCUUUUCACGGUGGAUAACGAAGCCGGCAAGAUCAUCUGCUUAUGCCAAGUUCCACAGGAGGUGGCCAGCAAAGGGCUGAAAGCCAGCGAGUGGGUGCAGCAGGUGUCAGGGCUGAUGGACGGGAAAGGGGGCGGCAAAGAUAUCUCUGCUCAGGCGACGGGCAAAAACGUCGACUGCCUCGAGGAAGCCCUGCAGGUGGCCACGGACUUUGCCAAGCUGAAGCUGGGAGAGCUGAAGAACUGACCUCAGUCCGGGCACGCGCCGAAGAAG